UCCAGCUGCAAAAUGAUGGGGCCUUACCACUUGGUAGUGUUGCAGUUUCUUUAAAAAGUAUAAAAUCACCAUUGGUCCCAGUGCCAUUCCCGCAUAAAGAAAAGCUGCGUGGAUUAUACGACAAGAGUCACAUUUUCUGUUUCCUUCCUUUGCCCGUCGAAUGCAAACUUCCAGUGCAUAUAAAUGGAUGUUUUGCUGUCAGCAGUGAUCGGAAAGGCUUAGUUAAGAGCACAAGUGACGAAAAAAGCGAAACAGAGAAUCAAGUCUGGAAUAGAAUGCUUAUGUCUGAUGCAGUAUGCAAAGCGAGCCUAUGUUUAUUGACAAGUCUGGAGCAUUUCGAAAUGUCUUCAGACGAAAUUUAUUCAACACUUUGGCCUUUUACUGUGGGUCAGUCAGAUGAAACAUCUUGUUUGUCAGAUGCGUUUUGUAAAGCCGUUGUUCAUGGAGGUUACCGCGUGUUUUAUACGCCACAAGGACGUCGCGCUUCAUUUAGUGAAUCCGUUUUUCUUGACAUUACAUUACGUCAUGACAACGUUGUUGGGGAAUAUGCUUUCGAUACUUUUACAAAUUUGUAUAAAGAUGAAAGAGUUCCUAUGGAUAUGCCUCAAGCGUUACAUCAUCAAUUUUGUACAGCAGAUUGUGAAGAGGAGCUAGUGCAACAAACAAUGACCAUGAGAGAAUUUUAUGAGGACAUUGUCUUCCCUCACAUUCAGCAAAUCGAUGCAGAAAAACGAGAUGCACUGGUGAUGCACAUAUUGAACAUCGAUGACCAUUCUCUGCAAAAUUUACUGAAAUCAAAUCCAUGUAUUCCUGUUCUACCUAAUGGUAGAUUGAGACUACCGAAGGACCUCGUACGGCCACGGUCAGAAGUAUCGGAACUUUUCUGUGACGAAGACAGUCGAUUUCCUAACGACGCCAACCAGUCCUUUUGUAGCGAGAUAAACCUGAAUAUCCUUGUGCAAUUGGGUAUGAUGGAUAGAACGUUGCCGGACGAGCUUGUUGUGGAGAGAGCCCAAUCUAUUUCCAAAUUGCUUAAGAUUAAACCGGCGUUUGAUCGUUGUCGACGGUUGCUAGCCUACCUUGAACGAGAAGAAGAUAAUUGUCGAAAUGAUGUCAUACAUGAUUUAAGUACAACAGCCUUCUUACCUAUACUUCAGAAGCCUGGCGAUUGGCCUGUGACCUGGUUUUCAAAUGCAGACGAAAUUGGGAUGUUUUCUUCCCCGAAUCAAAUGUUCUUUCCAGAGCACAUGGAACGAAUUGCGUGCUCACAUUUGAUAGUUAAUGUUGAAGAACUGAAAAAUGAGUUUGAUGUUCUGAUGAUUCUUAAACGACUAGGUGUGCAACAUGAGGAGCUACAUGACGACGUUGAGAAACAACUUUUUGCCAUUGGUAAAGUCGAUGAACACCUAUCUGACAAGCAGAAACUACGAUUGCGUGACAUAUGCAUUUCUGUAUACGGGUACUUGAACAGCUCAUCAGAAAACCUGACUGGAACUUACGAUGACCUUCCCAUACUGUGGAUGUCUGAUCGAUUGAUUCCUCCAAAGCGUGCCACUCUUGAGACGUUUUCUAGAAUCGACUGCACACCUGAAAUAUAUCAAGUCGUUUUACCUGAUGUUACAAGAUACGGAACAUUUCUUAAACGCGUUGGUGUCCAAGAAUUUCUUUGCAAAGAAAAUGUUAUUUUAGCGCUGGAACGGGUGGAAAUUGACCACGAUAAACCUCUAGAUGUGGAGAAAGUUAUACUGAUAGUAAAUCUAUUAGAGCUUCUAGCUGAAGUAUGUAGCCGACGUGGACUUCCUUUACAAUCUGACGAAAAAGCUCGCAUCCUUGUUCCAGAUGAUAUAAACAUUUUGCGAUCAUUCGACGAAGUAUGUGUAGAUGAUGGGUUCCCCAUGCGGAGACAAAAAUACAUGUAUUUUGUCAACUCAAAAGUAUCGGGAGAAAUCAACAAGCUACUUGACAUAAAGUCAAAGCGAGUUAAGCACCUAAAUACUAUCAAAGGCAGUUUGCCAUUCGAACUAGUGACGAGGCUGAAAGGAAUCCUCGAUGAAUAUUCUCGGGAUGAAACAAUUUUAUACGAACUGUUGCAGAAUGCAGAUGACGCAGGGGCGACAGAAAUCAUGUUCAUUGAUGACAAGAGGCAACAUAAAACUAAGGAAGGCAUAUUUGGUGAUAGUUGGUCUGACAUUCAAGGACCGGCGUUAUGUGUUUUCAAUGACUCAUGUUUUUCUGCUGCAGAUCUAGAAGGCAUUUGCAGGCUUGGUAAAGGAACGAAAUCACAAGACCCAACAAAAACUGGGCAGUUUGGUAUUGGCUUCAAUGCGGUUUAUCACUUGACAGACGCACCUUCUUUUAUAACAAGAGGUCCAUCUACACCAAAUCAAGGAACAUUUUGUGUCUUUGACCCGCAUUGUACAUUCUGUCCAGCUGCUGAUGAUUUGAAUCCAGGACUACAACUUCCUGAUUUGACGGGACUCGAGGAGACAUACCCAGGUGUAUAUGAAUGCUAUUUACAGGCGGAGUUACCUAGGGUACAGGGUACUUGGUUUCGAUUUCCAUUACGAACCUCGAAAAUGGCAGAAAUGUCUCAUGUAUGUAAAAGAACAAUGGGAAAAGAAUCACUACGAAGAUUACUCUGCCGAUUCCAACAAAAUAUGAAAAAGUGUCUUUUGUUUCUGAGAAAUGUCAGACAAAUUUCAUUAUGUGAAAUAGAUCACCAAGGUAAAAUAAAAGAAAAUCAUAGAGUAGUGUCAACGCUGAAAGAAAACGAUGAGCAUCACCUGAAGAGGUUUUUCAACAAAUGUGACACAUUAACAAAAAAAUUGUUUGCUGAAUCAACGAAUCUGCUUGAAAUCCCCAAACAAACAAUUCAAUACAUCAUGACCAUAGAAGAAGAUUUAUGUCAUCCUGAACGUUGGAUUAUAGCUCAGACGUUUGGAUUAGACGCCGAUACGAAGGUCCCAGACAGUGUAAAAGAAGCUUUGGAAUGCAGGGAAAUAAAUCUCACGCCAAAAGGUGCAGUAGCUCUACCGUGCACACCAGGGGGUAUGGACAGUAAAUAUGAAUGUGCGCAACAAGAAAUGUCCAAACAUUACGGCGAUACUUCCAUCUUAUAUAAUCGUGAUGGUAUAAACCAACCAACUAUUCCUGACCGAUUCGCUUCUUCUUCGUCAUCCAUUGAGAUGUUAUGCGACAGCAAGGACUCGGAUUCUAAAGGUCAAGUUUUCUGCUUUCUUCCUCUCCCUUUGGAAACUGGACUUCCCGUACACAUAAAUGGUCAUUUUGCUCUUCAUCAAACACGUGGAGCAAUGUGGGAUACUGAAUCACCUAGAGGUAACUGGAACAGUUUGCUAUUAGAAACAAUUAUAUCAAACAGCUAUGUCUUAGCUAUCGAAUACCUACGUGAUACAUUCCCCAGUAAUACUGUGGGCGGACAAAUUGCGAACAUCAAAGACAUCAAAACUUUCUUGAAAAUGUAUCACGACUCCUUUCCGCGAUACAAUCAAGGGAAGUCUGAUCUGAUAAAAAGCAUGGUUUCAUCGUUCUUUGCUAAACUGUAUGAUAGUGAGUCUACCGUUUUCCCGGUUCUUUCACCGAUAGAAAAGUCAAUAUGUUGGGUCGGUCUCAAACAAAAAAAACAUGCAUUUCCUGCCUUUUUCGAUAAUCUACCAGAUGAGUUUCGGGCUGAGGCAGAAAUGGGCAUAUUAAAAGAAAGACAAAACGGACUCGAAAUAAAUCACAAAAAAGAAAGCAAGCGCCGACACCAAGCUAAAAAUGAUGCCCACCAACUCUCAUACAUCCUAAAAAAUAUUGGCGUGAAGAUUCUUGAAUCGCCACUCUGGAUCAAUGAGAGUAUGAAAGAGGCAUUUCAGAACCUGCCAACGUUGCGCAUUCAAUGUGCUAUGACCCGAAAUGUUUUUGAGGAAGACUUGCCCAUGCUCGAUCAUACUUUUGUCCUUCGUUUCUUAAGAACGGUAGAUAAAAAUACACCAGAUGUUUGCCUGAUAAAAGAUGUAAAUCGAUACCUUACGGACACAAAAAUCAAAAACAUGGAAAACAUACUCUGUCUGCUACUGUAUUGCCUCAAAGAUAAGCAAAUCUUCAUCCAAAACAUGGAACAAUUACCCUUACUGGUAACUAAUGACGGCAUGCUAAGGCGUUUUUCCUCAACAAGCCAUGUGUUUAUAUCUCAAUUUUGUGACCUAUUGCCAACAUCGGCAAAUGAGUUCGUACACAGGGAGAUGGUCAACUUACUACAGGACAUCCAACCGGUUAGUCAAUUAUUGGAACGUUUAGACUUAAAGAGUUUUGCAAGAAUGUUACCAGACAAUGUGGAUAUGGCUCCACUGUCAGAGGAGGAACCGAUUCCAUGGGAUCAGAACGUUUUAAGUUUGAAAUGGAUGAAGGAGUUCUGGCGAUAUUUGGACACGUUGCAGCAGAUAGACGUCCGGAAGUUGGGUAAUUGGUGUCUCAUUCCAGGAGAGAGGAAACGUACCGGACAACCUGGAAUUUUAGUUCCCUGCAACAAAGAUUUUGUUCUCAUGUACGUCAAUUCGUUUGAAGAAGAACCCCUACGUACAGUGCUUGCCUCGUUACAAAUGCCAACACCACACUCAUGUAUCUGUUCCAAAUCAUUGAGAAGUGUUGUAGCCUCACAAAAUGAUCCAGUGCGUUUCGUUCAAUGCCUUCAUUAUCAUAAGAAUAAGUUAAAAUGUCUCUAUCCGCUUCAAUGCACUGAGGUGUUGCAAUACUUGUCGAAAAACAUUAAAAAACUGCAUACAUCAGUGGUUUGCAAAUUAAAAAAACUCCCUUUGUUCAUAACUGUCUAUGCAACAUGUGUCCAACUUCAUGAGAACGUGGACAUUUACAUUGUCGAAAUCGACAGCGAUUUCCCAACAGACGGACUCGAAGUUUUUUCAAACAACUGCAAAAUUGCUCUGUUGAAACGCAAUUUUUACACAUCGGAAUUGAUGGAAUUUUUGGCCUGCAAUCGUACUAUUUCAAUCACUGAGUUAUACUGCAAGCUCAUUCUGCCAAACUUCCGCUAUAUCGGUCAAGUACAUCAUUUGCGUCAUUUGAAAUAUGUACGAAGCAUUCUUAAAGAUGACCCUAUAUGUCCAAUGAAAUCUGCUUUGCAGUUAGCUGAAUUCAUUUUCCAUGAAGGAUUAUUUAAACGAGCAAAUCACUUCUACAGUCCCCACAACAGAUUAUGUAAGAAACUCUGCGAUCAGUCAAUGCUGCCGCCUGAUCCGUUUGGAGAUUUGGAGUGGGAGAAUUUCAUGGUACACGCUGGUAUGAAUGAAACUGUUACCGCUGACUUAUACUGCAAAUUUGCUAGACAAAUAGAGCAAUCUGUAUUGAGGGCUGGAAUGACUGAGGAAAUCAUAGAGCAGUCUAAAGAGAUGGUCACGUUUUUGAUCCAAACAGAUGAGCUUUUAAAUAAUGAAAAGCUUUUGGAAAGGAUAAGGAAUGUUAAGUUUGUGGAACCCUAUCGUGUCAAACAAACAUUUAAAGAAAUUUAUCCGCAAUUCGUAUGUGAUACUUUGAUAUCAUUUUGUGGAUCCGCACCUCGCUCUUUUGCCCCAGUCUUGUGGACAACGAUAUCGAUCCUACCUGAUUAUGUUCAUCCUCAUAAACAACAGAUCCAGGAAAGUUUGGGAAUAUUUCGUACUCCACCCUUGCGUGAUGUGUUAUCUCAUACCCACAAUGUUUGCGAUGCACUCAACAAGAAAUUAUACGAAACAAAUUCAAAUCAAAGAGGUAAUUACCUUUCUGAAUCAAAUAUAACAGAACUGAUGAGAGUGAUAUACACAUAUUUACAAAACAACUGCAUUGAUACUUCUGAAACCAAACAAAUGCUUUCGGAAACACCGCUCGUACAUUUGAAGGAAAUGGGAAUAUUUGUCACCGCAAGACAAGUAUCUAUCACAUUUUGCGGAAAGAAACAGAUACCGCCAUAUCUGGUUGAGAUUCCUCUGCAUUAUGGACCUUACAAAGAACUAUUUAAAGCCGUUGGAACAACAGAAUCCGUUACACUAGGUCAGUACUCCGAUGUACUAUACCGUAUUCAGGCCGAAUUAAAAUCAGCGAUCCUGGGACCUGAGCGGAUACAGGAUGUCGUAUCUGCUCUGACAGGAUAUAUGAUGCUGUUAGAGGAAGCAAGCAUGUCCAGUAUUGAAGAGUCGAUGGCCUCAGUUGAGACUUUGUAUUUACCUGCCUCGGACAAAAGGUUAGCAAAAUCAACUGACUUAGUAUAUGCUGAUAAACAAAAGCUGAAAAAAAGAGUAACCCAAGGAAGUGAUCAUCGGAUAGUGUUCAUGCACAGUUUAAAGGACUGUCACAAAAAUGAAGACCUCAUCUUGAAACUACCGGAGAGAUUAAAACCAAAAGUAUUGAGCUCCAUCAUACAGGAGCAUCUCAUAUCCGUUUCUAAUAAUGAACCGGAUACAAAGGUAGAUGAAUUGCGAGCAUUUCUAGCGUCUCCGAGAUUUUUGAACGCACUUAAACAGAUCAGCAAAUUCGAGGACUUCGACUGCUAUAGACAACGGUUGUUGAGCAUCUGUUUUGUUUCUCCGUCUGAAAUUAAAACGAUCUUGCAAGUGGAUGGUAAACCUAUUCGAGGUACAGUAGGUACUCAGGUGUGUUUUUACUCUGAGGGCGAACAAAAAUGCUAUAUUGCAGCAAGUACCCAUCAAGUUCGAAACUGGCUGAAGAAAAUUGGUCAGCAACUCUGUGGAAUGCUUUCGGAUUGUUUUGAAAAACGAAUUUCACCGGAGAAAUUUCGAGAGCUGAUUGAUUUCGUUGACGACCCGACAGGAUUUAAAUCCUAUUGUGAAGAUUUUUUAGACGAGGAAGAAAACGAUGACGACUCAUUGUCAUAUCAUCCGGGCCAAAUAGUACCUGUUGGCCUGCAUGCUUUACUACAGAAUGACAUCACUCUUCUAAAGGUUGGAGAUGUAGUUGCCUAUGAAAUGUUUGACCCAGCUAUCGAUGGCGACAACGAUGAUGUGAUAUCUCAGGACGCAGUGUCUGAUGCCGUUUAUGUUUUUGUGAGAAUCGUGCAGGAACAACCACUAGCUGGUCAACAUUCGUUACAUCAGAAAUACAAAGUGAAUUUCGGUCAGGACAACGAAAAGAUAGUUUCGGGACUGCUUUUAUACAAGGUCAUUUAUCCGGGAUCAUCCGAAACAACCGAAUUAGUACUUCAUCUAUUUGGAAACCAUGGAUCUAUACCUAGUAAUAAAGACGGCAUAUUUGACCAAAUUAUUUUCACUUUGUUGGAAUCUUGGAAAUUAGAUAAUAAAGAUCGGAAACGGGUCGUUAAAAGAUUGCUUUUGGUGUGGCAUCCUGACAAAAACCGCAAUAGAGGUGAGGAAUAUGAAAAAUUUUGCAACGAAAUUAUUAAAUUUAUUUUUGAUAUCAUCAGACGUCUUGACAAAGGUGAACGUUUUGACAAUUAGUCUUCCGAUGAAUCGGACGGAGACAACUUUCAUAACUGGCAUUAUGAAUCGGACGGAGGCAACAGAAGACGCAGAAGGAAAUGGAACUACGAUAACUGGCAAUAUGGCGGCGGUUGUUCCAAUUCUUGGCAGAACUUUAGGAACCGGAUGUCAUCGAGGCUUACUAAAAACCAGAGCAACUUCAGGCAUUUCUAUGCACAAAGGCAGGAUUAUGUUCUUGAUCCGCAACCUACAGAGGCACGGAGGUGGUUUCGGCAAGCCAGUAUGGAUUACUCAAGUGGAGUGAGCUCUUUAGAAGCUAGCAAUUCCACAGAUAGUGAUAAUAAGACCAAAGAAGACUUUAACUGGAUUUGCUUCAAAUUCCAUCAAGUAAGAUGAAAUUUUCAUUAUUUUACCACUUCUCUGUAGUCUGUUUGAUACAAAUGUGAAUGAAAUCUGGUGUUUAUCUUAAUAAAAAAUCUGUUCUUGAAACAUUCUAAAGAAGGUGAUUAUUUAGACGAUAAUAAGUCUGUCUUUCUAUUGUACUCGUAUAUAUGUCAUGAUGUCUGAAAAUAUUUUUAUGAAAAUACAUUGCAAAAAGAUUGAAAUAAAAGUAAAUGUGUGUGUCGGGAUACAAAUAGAGAUUCUCGUCGGCAGUUACUCAAAAAUGCGUUACCCAGACGUGAUGGAGUACCCUAAUAUAACAGGAACCAUGUACACAAAAGAUCAGGCUAAUAAACUCAUGAAAUUAGCUGAA